AUAAUCUGUAACUAUUUGGAUCAUUCUGAAUCUUGACUUGAAACUGAAAACAGUUCUGGAGACGUUGAGGACAGACAAUCAAGAAAAAGAUUAUCAAUAAAAAUUAAAUUCGCAAAGUAUCUAGGAUGCUUUUUGGUCUCGUUAUAGAGGUCCAUGUGGCCCAUAUGUUGUUUGGAGAAAAGAUAGACGACUCUAAAGAAAAGAAACUAAAGAAAGACAAUAUUAAAUACCAACUAUUGAGAAGUAAACAGAGGUUAGCCAAGUUGACUGAAGUCAACAAAGUCUACAAUGAACAAAUCAACAAGCUAAAAGGAGAAAUUGAUGCUCUUAGAGAAUGCAUUAAUUUCCAAAAGAACCUAAUCAACGAUAGGCAACAAGAAUUUGAACAUUUAGAGUCUGUAAAUGGAGUGUGCCACUGCAACGAGUGUAUAGAAACUGACAUUAAAGCCAAUAUAAGAGCUGAUAGAAGAUCUGUGAAGAAGUGUAACACAACAGAAGAACUCUGGAUGGAGUGAUGACACAGGCUAUUAAUGAAACACUCAACUUAGGCCAACCACUGAAGCAGUUAUGUUUAACAACUGGAUGUAAAAUAGAUUCAGGCGACCUUUAUAGGCAUCAGAAGAGUGGAGAUAGACUCAGGUGACCUAUUUAUAGGCAUCAGAUAAGAGUGGAGAUAGACUCAGGUGACCUAUUUAUAGGCAUCAGAUAAGAGUGGAGAUAGACUCAGGUGACCUAUUUAUAGGCAUCA